UCCCCACCACCUCCACCACCUCCACCAGCACCACUGCCUCUCACACAUUGUUAACGUGGAUUUUCCUCCGUUCGCGGCAGCGUCUCGUCCUCCGCGGAGCUGCUCCAAACCUGGGUCCCAGCCUCGGACAUAUAUAUAUAAAUAAAAAAAAAAAAAAAAAAAAAAAAAAAAAAGACGCGUUCAAAUCUCGGCUGCAUUCAUUUUUCGGCUGCGGGACACACGCCCCGAGCAUGAGGAGGAGGAUCCAGCCCUGCCCAGACCGGAGGCUGCUGCUGCUGCUGCUGCUGCCAGGGAUGCAGGUCCAGGUCCAGGUCCAGGUCCAGGUCCCUGCGCUGUGAAGAGCCCGGAAGACACACAAGCCUGCUGUGGUCGGGGUGGACGGGGGUUCGAGGAGGGGGGGACGCCAGAGGAAGGGGGACGCGCCUGGACAACAUGACUAUUUUCAACCCGGAAAAUGUUGAGGAAUUUUACGACAUCGGAGACGAGCUGGGGAGCGGUCAGUUUGCUGUGGUCAGAAGAUGCCGGCACAGGAACACGGGGGUGGAGUUCGCCGCCAAGUUCAUCAAGAAGCGGCGCAGCAAGUCCAGUCGACGCGGGGUGACGAGAGAAGACAUAGAGCGCGAGGUGAACAUACUGAAGGAGAUCCAGCAUCCGAACGUCAUCACGCUGCACGAAGUCUUUGAGAACAAGGCUGAGGUGAUCCUGAUCCUGGAGCUCGUGGCCGGCGGAGAGCUCUUCGACUUCCUGGCAGAGAAGGAGUCUCUGAGCGAGGAGGAGGCCACACAGUUCCUCAAGCAGAUCCUGGACGGAGUCUUCUACCUGCACUCCAAGCAGAUCGCUCACUUCGACCUGAAGCCGGAGAACAUCAUGCUGCUGAACCGCUCUGUGCCUCACCCGCGCAUCAAGCUCAUCGACUUUGGACUGGCCCACAAGAUAGAUUUUGGCAACGAUUUUAAAAACAUUUUUGGAACUCCAGAGUUUGUGGCUCCAGAAGUAGUUAACUAUGAACCUUUGGGCCUGGAGGCAGACAUGUGGAGUGUUGGCGUGAUAACCUACAUCCUCCUGAGUGGUGCCUCUCCUUUCCUGGGCGACAACAAGCAGGAGACGCUGGCCAACGUAUCGGCCGUCGACUACACGUUUGACGAGGAGUUCUUCAGCAACACCAGCGUCCUCGCCAAAGACUUCAUAGCACGGCUCCUCAUCAAAGAUCCAAAAAAGAGAAUGACGAUUCAGGACAGCCUCCAGCACCCCUGGAUUAAGCCUAAAGACACACAGCAAGCGCUGAGCAGGAAGGAGUCGGCCGUCAACAUGGAAAAGUUCAAAAAGUUUGCAGCUCGCAGAAAGUGGAAACAAUCCGUCCGACUCAUCUCCUUAUGCAACCGCCUGUCCCGCUCCUUCCUGUCCAGGAGCAACAUAAGUGUGGCGCGCAGUGAUGACACGCUGGACGAGGAAGACUCGUUUGUGAUGAAAGCCAUCAUUCACGCCAUAAACGACGACAACGUGCCCGGUCUGCAGCAUCUGCUCGGCUCAUUGAACAGUUACGACGUCAAUCAGCCCAACAAGCACGGGACCCCUCCCCUCCUGAUUGCAGCCGGCUGUGGCAACAUCCAGAUCAUCGAGGUGCUGAUGAGGAAAGGUGCAGAGAUCCAGGCCCACGACAAGAGCGGAGCCAACGCUAUCUACUACGCAGCGAGACACGGCCACGUGGAGACCCUGAAAUUCCUUCAUGAAAAGAAAUGUCCUCUGGAUGUCCAAGAUAAGUCGGGGGAGACGGCCCUUCACGUGGCGGCUCGCUAUGGAAACGUGGACGUGGUGAGCUACCUGUGCUGCAUCCGGGCCAACCCAGACCUGUCAGACAGGGAGCAGGAGACCCCGCUGCAUUGUGCUGCCUGGCACGGCUACUCUGCGGUGGCCCGAGCUCUCUGCCAGGCCGGGUGCGACGUGGACGCGAAGAACCGCGAGGGGGAGAGUUCCCUGCUGACGGCGUCUGCUCGGGGCUUCGUGGACAUCGUGGAGUGUCUGGUGGAGCACGGGGCCAAUUUAGAAGCCACUGACAAGGACGGCCACACAGCUCUCCACCUGGCCGUGCGGAGGUGUCAGGUGGACGUCGUCCGCUGCCUCCUCAGACACCGCUGCCACCUGGACCAACAGGAUCGCCAUGGCAACACGCCGCUCCACAUCGCCUGCAAGGACGGGAAUAUGCCCGUCGUCACGGCGAUCUGCGCCGCCAAGGCCAACCUCGACCUGCCCAACAAGCAUGGAAGAACUCCCCUCCACCUGGCUGCUAACAACGGGAGCCUCGAGGUCGUACGUCACCUCUGCCUGGCCGGAGCAAACAUCGACGCCGUCACCCAUGAUGGAAAGACAGCAGAGGAUUUGGCCUCCACUGACCAACAGGAAUACAUAGUGGCGUUGUUGGGAAAGCUUAAAAAGGACAACCACAAACUGAGCUACAUCCAGCAGCUGCGGCCCACUCAGACCGUCCAGCCCAGGAUCAAGCUAAAGCUGUUCGGUCACUCAGGAGCCGGGAAGAGCACUUUACUGGAGUCUCUGAAAUGUGGCAUCCUGCGCAGCUUCUUCAGGAGGAGGAGGACACGCAUGACCAACACGACCCGUCACCCCAACUCUCCCAUCAGCUCUAAACCUGCUGUGUCGGUGAGCAUUUCCAACCUGUAUCCGGGCUGUGAGAACGUGAGCGUGCGGAGUCGCAGCAUGAUGUUCGAGCCCAGCCUGACCAAAGGCGUCCUGGAGGUCUUCUCCCCCGUCCACAACGCUCUGUCCACGGCCGACGAACAGGCCACGAAGGCCAUCGACAUCCAGCACGCCAACAUCCACGGUGUGGGGGAUUUCAGCGUGUGGGAGUUUUCGGGGAACCCGGUGUACUACUGCUCCUACGACUACUUUGCAGCCAACGAUGUGACAGCGAUCCACGUGGUCCUGUUCAGUCUGGAGGAGCCGUACGAAACCCAGCUGGGCCACAUCACCUACUGGCUCAACCUGCUGAAAGCCCUCACCCUGCCACAGGGCAACAUCGCUUUCGGGGGUCGGAUCCAGCAGCCUCUCACAGUCGUCCUGGUGGCGACUCACGCCGACCUCGCUGACGUCCCCAGAGCUUUCUCUGGAGAGUUCAGCUACGACAAGGAGAGAGCGCUGCUCAAGGAAGUCAGGAACAGGUUUGGGAACGACCUGCAGAUCAGUGACAAACUGUUUGUGAUGGACGCCGGAGCCUCGAACUCCAGAGACGUGAAGCUGCUGAGGAGUCACCUGCUGGAGCUUCGUACCAGCAUCAUCUCUAGGUGCAGCCCGAUGACGCUGCUGUCGGAGCGCUUGUUGGCCACUCUGCCGACCUGGAGGAAGAUGAGCGGACCCAACCAGCUCACAUCGUGGCAGCAGUUUGUCAGCGAUGUCCAGGAGCACAUCAACCCACUGGUCAGCCAGGAUCACCUCCGCACUCUGGCCCUGCAGCUUCACAGCAUGGGGGAGAUCAAUAUCAUGCAGAGUGAGACGGUGCAGGACGUUGUCCUGCUGGAGCCUCGCUGGCUCUGCAGCAACGUCCUCGGCAAGCUGCUUUCCGUGGAGACGCCCAAGGCCAUCCACCACUACAGGGGCCGCUACAGGCUGGAAGAGGUGCAGGCUCUCGCUCCCGAAAGCGACGUGGACGAGCUGCUGCAGAUCCUGGACGCCAUGGACGUCUGCGCCCGCGACGUCACCAACCCCUCCAUGGUGGACGUUCCCGCCCUGAUCAAGACCAACGGCCUCCACCGCUCCUGGACGGAGGAGGAGGAGGAGGAGUCUCUGGUCUACGGAGGCGUCCGACUCGUCCCUGCGGAGCACCUGACCCCUUUCCCUUGCGGCCUGUUUCACAAGCUGCAAGUGAACCUGUGUCGCUGGAGCCACCAACACAAACCCGAGGAGGAGGGCGGCGACGAAAUCGACGGAGAUAUCCACCUGUGGACCAACGGAGCCAAAGUGAGCCAGGCGGGAGUGGAGGCCAUGAUCCUGCUGGUCAACCACGGUCAGGGGCUGGAGAUUCAGGUACGUGGACAUGAGUCGGAGAGGGCCAAGUGCUACACCCUGUUGGACGCCAUCUGUAGUAUAACAGAGAACCUGCUGGCCUCCACCCUCCCUGGACAGCUCACAGCCAAAUAUUACCUGAGUCCUCAGCAGCUGAGGGAACACCACGCCCCCAUCAUGAUCUACCAACCCAAAGAUUUCUUCCGGGCUCAAGUCCAGAGGGAAACCUCGCUCACCAACACCAUGGGCGGCUACCGGGAGAGCUUCAGCAGCAUCCUGGUCUUCGGCUGUGCAGAAGUUUACCAGCAGGGGACGCUGGGAACCGACGUCCACAUAUCAGACGUCCCGCUAUUGGCUCGUAGGAAGCUGUGCCGCAUGCUGGACCCUCCCGACGCUCUGGGGAAAGACUGGUGCCUGCUGGCAAUGAAUCUCGGCCUCACAGAUUUGGUGGCCAAACACAGCAACGGGACUCCGAACGGCACCCCUGAGCUGGACUCGGACGCGAACUCCCCGCAGGAGGCGCUGCAGCCCAGCCCGACGGCGGCGCUGCUGCAGGAGUGGAGCGGGAGGCCGGACAGCACAGUCGGAGUCCUGAUGGCCAAGCUGAGGGAGCUGGGCCGCCGCGACGCAGCGGACUUCCUCCUCAAAGCCUCUCCUGUGUUUCGGAUCAACAUGGAAGCGCUGGGGGCGGCCGCCAACGGCUACCCCCCGGCCUGCAACGGCGGCACGUCGUACAACUCCAUCAGCUCCGUCAUAUCCCGCUGACCACCAGCGGUCUGACGGGACGUUUUCCACCGAAUCCGGACGCACCACUCGGACUUGUGAAGUGCAAUCGCAGAGAAUCCAGCUGCUCGCUCUGAAACCACUCCAUGAUGUUGUCGUAAGGACCGGAUGUUGUGUUUGUGCUCUGACCAGACCUGUACAGCCGACCCAUUCCUUCCUUCCACUAUGAAUGUUGUGAAAGAAACUCCUGAGCUCCAAAGAGGAAUCCUGUGUUUUGAUUGUGUUCUUACCGUCGUCAUGCUGCUUGUUAAUGUCCCUCCUACUCUACUGCGCGCUCAGAUCUCACUCCGCUCACGGCUAACAGUCAGAAAGUUAGGAAAAGCUACGGAUGAACGGAGGCGGCUUAAAAAGUUUGGCGUUCCUCCUGUUUCAUGUGCACGUAGGAGGCCGCCACCUCGAGUCGCUCCGUCCACCGAUUAACAUCACCUCCCUGCUCGCUUCCGUUUGGCGUUUUAAUGAAAUAACAGCAUUUUUUUCAGAGUGCCUUCGUGGCCGUCUACCUCCCUAAAAGAGCACAAACGGUGUUGUUGUCGUUAAAAAACAGUAGUUCUUUCCAAACAUUUUUGAAGAACUGUGCCUUGUUGACACCAAUGGUAAAUUCCACACCUGUCUUUUAAAACAGUCUUUAAAACAGAAAAAGGCCAUUUUUGCAUUUUACAUUUUACACAGUAAAAGGUGCAGCUCAUUUUAUAAGCUUUUGAAAACUGAAUUUCGUCCUCCAAAAAAAAAAAAGAAAAAAACGCAGCUGAAUGUUUAUGAGUUGGUCAAAGCGCGUCCCCGUCCUCUCAGAUUAGACUCAGCGGUGAGUCGGUGCGACGUCCUGCAGGAGCUGUAGGUCAAAGCCAAACGGUUUCCUUCAUGUUUAAUCUGUGUCUUCACGUUUCUGAGCUAAUCUUCAUAUAAAUAUUAUUCAUUUAUUCAUCCACCCAGCAACUAAACAUCUGAAAUAUUUGACUAAUUUUUGGGUAAAUCAUCUUUAAUUUUUCUUUCUUACCGUUUCACCGGUCUCAGAGUUUUCUCACAAUUUUUAUUUCCUUGGAGGUUGAGCCUUAAAACUUUCUGGCCUGUUAACCAACUGUGCCAGCUCAUUUUCUGGUGAAUACAAUUUAAAUUCCUUCUGCUUUUCUCACACCUCUAGUACUAAGAGUUGCGUCAUAGAGGCGUGUUGAACGAUCCUUUUAUUAGUUCGCAGUCCAAACUUAAAACUUAAAUGGUUAUUUGAACUUUUGAAUCCGAGCUGAAGAUAACUGCCUGUGGAACAUGUUUAUAAAUGGCCUCGCGGAUGCACACUUCCUCAUACUGUAAAUGAAAGCACCAGUUCCAGAUUGACACAGAUUGCAGAGACUGAUCUACAGACACAUGUUUGCACCUUCAGCCGACCUCCUAAAACCACCUCUGGUUUCUUAUAACAGCAUAAAAGUUGGGAGGAAACUCUGGGACUUGUUUAAUCAUCAUUUUCAGUUCACACUAAGGAAACUGUUGCCAUUGUUUUUUUUUUGUUUUUGUUUUUUUUUUAACCAGACAUCUUCAAGUGUCUUACUGAAUGCUGUUGAAGUUUCCAGCGCAUUAGAGCGGAGCUUAAAGACGACCGCUGCGGACGGGGCGCAGUCAAACCGCGCUCUCGUACUCAUUACUAUGAACUGCAAGUGCCAGCAAAACCGUAAAAAAAAAAUAUCUCUUUCUAACCUUUUCUACACACACAGCAGCCGGUUACAGUAACGACGCCCGACGCUGCGCCUCUUUAACGCUUCCUCAACACAAUUCUGCAUUAGUGACCAGUGCAGGGGACGCCAACAAUCGAGUUACCGUCCACAGUGUCCACAGAUUUUUUUUUUGCACAGUGGCUAUGACGCCACCUCCGUCGAGCUAAAUUUGAGCUUCUCUCAGUAUCGCUUGUCAGUGUUGGCCGGCCAUGCGUGGCCUCACACCUCCUUUCAGUUUGUCUUCGUGGCGCCGCGGCCCGGGUUAGCAAACGCAGGGUUAGUAGUUAGUAUUGUUAGCUGAGAAAAAAGGCCAAAGCCUCCCUAAGUGAAGCGCUUCACUUCACGUGCGCUGGUGUUUUCUAGCAGAAACGUUCCAGAGCACGUGUGCGUUGAUAUCAGGAAGAGUUUCUGUUUCCUAAAAAGAUUUUUAAGAAUGCAGAGGGCGAGCUCCGUGCUAGAGUGCAGUAUUUCCUGUCUGCUUCACUUCCUCCAGUGUUAACACCUGUUCAGUCCAUCCUUUACAUAUAUAUAUAAAUAUAUAUAUAUAUAUAUAUAUACAUAUAAUUACUAUUUCUGCCUCAGUCCGAACUGAAGCCAAUCGACACAGCGGAACUCGUGGCUGUGAUGUAAAUACUCGAGGCCCCGUUUUCGUCCACUUCCUCCUCACCUCUCUGUUCUUCAGCUUUCUGUUUUAUUUGCCCAAAUACGUCGAGGCGAAAUGAAUGUACCGCAUACGUCUCCUAAAAAAAUAAAGAAAAAAAAAGAAAAAAGAAAAGUAACAAGUGAAAACGAAGGCGCGUGUUCAUGGACACGGUGAAAAGAAAACGUCCCAAACCGGUCACAAACUUUACGACUUUUCUUCGUUUUAUUGAAGCUUUUUUUUUUUUGUCGAUAACUGUGUGAACUCAUUGCCAAUGUCGUGUGCCUGAAACACACUCGUUCAUUCCUCUGUUGUUGCCUUGUACAGAUUUACCAGCUGAGAAGUGAUGCUUCGGAAAGGGAAGUGAUUAUUACAUUUAAAAGAGAAAACAAAAAAAAAAAACGAGGCACAUUAUUUUGUAAGAGCUGAGAAUCACUAUAAUAUUAUGACGUUUGUCUCCACUCGGUGUCUUUUUUUUCUCUCUCUCUCUCUCUGGGUUGUUCGGGCUGAGAGUCUGAGCGGGUCGGGUGGAUUUUAAAGGGUGACGGGGUGACGGGGUUCCUGUCGGGGGGGGGAGGAGAGACUCGGGUCUGAUGGCCACAUUGCACAAGUCUUUUUGUUGCUAUUUAUGUUACAUUCUUUUAGCAUGUCUUGGAAUGCCAUGUUCUUAGUACUUCUGACACUUUAUAGUGUGAUACAUUUUAUAAUAAACGCUUUACUUAAUA